CUUAACGCAGCAAAUGACGGACUCCGCGCCUGAAACUAAACGACUUCACAUCACUCCUUUCAACCUAGAGCUUCUCCCCUCCGUUUUGCCACCAACCAUUCGGCCCUUGGCCACGGAGAUUUCCUUUCAUUGUGUCCCAACCUUCCCCGAAAACAAUUACGGUUACGUGACGCUGCCGACAAUGGAGGCGGAAAAGGUUAAGAAAAAGCUCAAUGGCUCAAUCUUAAAAGGUCGCAAAUUCAAGGUGGAUAUGGCGCGUCCACCGAUACGGCAACGAAGUGAGGAUGAAGCACUCGACAAGAUUACCUCAAAAUCCCCGUCAGAUAAGAAGGCGAAGAAGCGGAAGGCGGCGGAAGAGACGCUCGAAGGGUAUGAACUUCCAGCUGACCGCAAGGUGAAGAGAGGCUGGACAGAGUCGGCAGACGCCAAGCAAGACAGGCGCAAAGAAGAGAAAAGGAAGAAGACGUCGAAGGAUGCAAAGGAGGGCAAGCCAGCCAAGUCACAGGCGAAGUCCAAGUACACCGAAAAGGAAGAGUGCCUGUUCCGUACAAAACUCCCUCCUAAUCGGAUGUCAUCACCCGACGAGAAGCAUGAGAAACAGUCGAAGAAGAAAAAGACUGCACAUGAGACAAUCGUCCAUGAGUUUUCUAAGACGGUCAAACAUCCCAGUUUCCUACGGUCUGGACGUGACGAAUCAGCGGACACAGUGACAUUUGUUGAAGGCAAGGGUUGGAUGGACAAAAGUGGAACUGUGAAAGAGCCUGUCAGUGAUCGGAUAAGGACAGACCAAUAUAGACCGGGAUGCAUUCCAGGAACUAAGGAGAAGCCACGAACUAUCAAGAAGGACAGCACCACGGUUUCUGGCAAACCCAGAACGAAACAAACAAUAACCACUAAAGAAGCAGAUUCGACCGAUGAAUCAGAGGAUUGGACUUCUUCCAGCGGUGGGAGCUCGUCCGAAGAGGAUUCCUCGUCCGAGGAGGAUUCUCAAGAGUCUGAGAGCUAUGAAUCUUGCUCAUCUGGCUCGUCUAAUGAUUCAGAAGAUUUAUGCAUCGCCGAAGAACAAAAUUUAAAGUCAUCAAAGCAGGAGAGUGUGGCCGAGUCACAUUCGUCAGGGCUUCAAUCUCUUCCGUCAGGAAACAAUGAUCAGGCAGCGCCAACCCAGGAAGUUCACCCGUUGGAGGCUCUUUUCAAAAGGCCUGCGCCUAGCACAUCUGCUAUAAACUCUAUUUCAGAGGAGACGCCACACUUCAGCUUUUUCGGAGGGGAUGACGAAGUUGAAAUGGAGGAUGUGGCGGAAGCCCAACCUGCAGCACCACUUACACCUUUCACAAAGAGGGAUCUGCGGGAUCGUGAAUUGAGAAGUGCGGCCCCAACACCUGAUACGGCGUUAGUCAAUCGAACCAUUGAUUGGGAUAAGCACGAGCAGCCUCGGGUUAUGGAUUCAGACGAUGACGAGUGCAUGACAACCCCGGUCUCAAAGGCUGCAUCAGGGCCCAAAAAGGAUUCCGAUUUUGUCAAAUGGUUCUGGGAAAAUCGAGGAGACAACAACCGUGCAUGGAAGAGAAGACGCCGCGAGGCCGCCAAAGAUCACAGACAGCGUGAGAACCGGAGCAAGGGCAUGAAAGGCAAAUCCUAGAUUAUUCUCACUCCCGUAUAGAUGUC